GACGAAAUUACAGAAAAAUCGCCUGCCUCACUUAACUUAACCUGUUUCUGUUUACCCAGAUAUCUCCAGUAUAUCAAAACAGUAUGGCUUCUAAAAAAUACGCGCUUCUUCCUAUGGAGGAAGAGGAAAUAGGUCCAGCAAAAGUGGUAGCAAAGAGGAAAGAGAAAAAGUCACACCGUGAAAGCUCCUCGCGGCGCGACAAACACCGAGAAAGGUCACCUCGUCGAGAAAGGUCUCCACGUAGAGAUACAGAGCAGCGCUCGAAAACUAUCCGGAAUAAGGCGAAUGAUGAUUAUGAGGAACGAUGGGGCGACGAAGAAUACAUUUCCGAGGACGAACCCGAAUUUCAGGAGCCUGCCUCAAAACGGGUCAAAACAGUACAUUCAGAUGACGAUAUCUCGGAUUCAGAAAAAGAACGAAGGAAAGAUCAAGCAGAGAAGGAUGCUUUUGCGCAGAGGCUGCUGUCGAAGAAUUCCGACAAAUCGAAGACAAUACUCGAAGAUAGAUCCGAUCCUAUUAUGGCACAGAGGAGAGCAUUGGCCGACGAUGCUGCUGCAAGACGUGCUGCAAUGCCAGAUCUAAGGGAAAGGUCGAGACAAGAAUACCUGAAGAAGCGUGAAGCGGAGCGUCUCGCUUUGCUGAGGAGACAGGUCGAGGAUGAAACGAGGGAGCUGAAUGAUCCUUAUUCCAAUUUAUCAAAGAAGGAGAAGGCAGAUUUCGCCAAGAAUAGAGAGCUACUUCGACUCGCUGAUGAGAGAUCAAGAAUUGAUGAUCACCGUGAUGGCUAUGCUAUGCCAGACGACUAUAUUACAGAGAAAGGGAAGCUCGAUCAAAAGAAGAAACAAGAUGCACUAUACAAACGUUACGUCGAAAGGGAUGAAUAUGGCCAGGAGAAAUUCGUUUCUGAACACGAGGAGUGGGACAGGCAACAAGAAAAGCUCGCCAGAAACCAGAUCCAAAGCACAGAACGAGUCGAUCAAGGCGAAUAUGAUUAUAUCUUGGACGAGGAGCAAGGGAUUAAGUGGAUUAUGGAUUCGAAGUUACCGGGUCAAGGCAUGGAUAAAGAAGCAAGAUUCUUAGGUGAACAACUGAAGGCUGCUGAGCAGAAAGCAAAGACAAUUGAGGAGACGAGGAAAAAUCUUCCAAUCUAUGCUUACAAGGACGAAUUUCUGGCUGCCCUUGAUCAGUUUCAGACUAUUAUCCUUGUUGGUGAGACAGGAUCUGGCAAAACUACACAACUGCCCCAGUAUCUACAUGAAGCUGGGUAUACUAAAGAUGGGAUGAAAAUUGGAGUAACGCAACCUAGGAGAGUGGCUGCCAUGUCCGUUGCUCAACGUGUGUCAGAGGAAAUGGGAUGCAAGAUCGGAAACGAAGUUGGUUACGCUAUCCGUUUUGAGGAUUGUACAAGUGACAAAACUCUCAUCAAAUAUAUGACGGAUGGUCAUCUUUUGAAAGAGGUCAUGAUUACACCUUCUCUGGACGAGUAUCAGGUGAUUAUGAUUGAUGAAGCUCACGAACGGACUGUGCAUACCGAUAUACUUCUAGCUUUGCUCAAAGAUCUUGCCAAAGAAAGGCCAACAAUUAAACUCCUGAUUGCUUCAGCGACAAUUAAUGCACAGGCUUUCUCAGACUUCUUCGAUGGCGCUCCUAUCUUCAAUGUUAAAGGGCGUAGUUACCCAGUCGAAAUUUAUAAUACCCCACAGCCAGAAGCAAAUUAUCUUGCUGCAGCCAUUACUACACUUUUUCAGAUACAUACCUCUCAGCCAAGUGGCGAUGUGCUGAUAUUUCUAACAGGUCAAGAUGAGAUUGAGGCAGCGGAAGAACGAAUAAGUGAUAUUUCAAAAAAAUUGGGUUCGAGAGUACCCGAGCUUGUUAUUUGUCCUAUUUACGCAAAUCUUCCAACCGACCUACAAACCAAAAUUUUCGAACCAACACCUAAAGGAGCACGAAAAGUUGUGUUGGCAACCAAUAUUGCAGAGACGAGUUUGACCAUUGAUGGCAUUGUGUAUGUCAUCGAUCCAGGAUUUGUAAAGGAGAAUAUCUAUAAUCCAGCGACUGGAAUGUCAAAGUUGGUUACAGUAGCAUGUUCACGAGCGUCUGCGAAUCAAAGAAGUGGUCGUGCUGGUCGUGUAGGACCUGGGAAGUGCUUCCGCUUGUACACCAAAUGGGCGUUUAUGAAUGAAAUGGAAGAAAGUACCACUCCUGAAAUCCAGCGAACAAAUCUGAAUGGUACAGUUCUCCUACUUAAGUCACUUGGAAUUAACGAUCUCUUGACUUUUGACUUUAUGGACCCUCCACCGACAGAAACUUUAAUUGGUGCUCUCAACCAAUUGUACGCGUUAUCUGCAUUGAACAACCGUGGGGAACUAACCAAAAUUGGAAGACAAAUGGCCGAAUUCCCAACAGAUCCUCAAGUUGCGAAGUCUAUCAUUGCUUCAGACCAACUGGCAUGCUCUGACGAAGUAUUGAGCAUCAUGGCAAUGUUAGGUGAAAGUUCGGCACUAUUUUUCCGUCCCAAAGGAGAACAAAGAGUGCAUGCAGAUAGCGCCAGAGCGCGCUUCACGAUCAAAGAAGGAGGGGACCACCUCACCUAUUUGAACAUUUGGAAUCAGUGGGUGGACAAUGAUUUCAGCACUAUCUGGGCUAAAGAAAACUUUCUUCAACAACGUUCCCUUACUCGAGCUAGGGAUGUUCGAGACCAACUUGCAAAGCUCUGUGAACGCGUGGAAGUUACAAUUGCCAGUUGUGGGGCGUCAAAUCUGGAGCCUAUUCAAAAAGCGAUUACGGCGGGAUUCUUCGCUAAUGCGGCACGAUUACAACGAGAUGGAGAUAGCUAUCGGACAGUGAAGAGAAAUACUACAGUGUAUAUACAUCCUUCGUCAGUAUUGAUGGCAAAUGAUCCCCCUAUCAAGUUGGUUGUGUAUCAUGAACUUGUACAAACUACAAAGGAGUACAUGCGCAGUUGCAUUCCCAUCAAAGCAAAUUGGUUGUAUGAGCUUGCACCCCAUUAUCACAAGAAGAAAGAGAUAGAGGAGAUGGGAGAAAAGAAGUUGGCAAAUCGGAGCAGGGCAUGAUACCAUAGCACAUAGCACGUUGGACUUAGCCUGACCAUCAAUCAUCUUUCAUGAAAUUGGAUGUCUCAAAGAUUGAGAUUAUAAGUUUCUACUUUUCAACCUUGAUUUUUGUCUUCAUGUAGAUACCCUCAAAUUGAGAGGGUUAUAACCUCGCUCCA